CGACACAGCCUGGCGUGCGUAAUGGCUGAAUCUCAAACCGCUCCCUAUUCACUACCUAGUGCACUACGUAGGUCUUUAAAUAAUGGCUCCAGCACUCGAACAGUGCAUGAUAUGUCUAACAGAGUCACUCGGGACUCAGCUACGAGUGCACAGUUCAUCUGCUGGACAUACAGCGCUCUAUUUAUUGCAGAACUCACAUAGUGCACUAUAUAGGGAGUAGGGAGCCAUUUGAGAUUCAGGCCUUAUUCCUGCCAACCCUAACAGGAAACACCUAAAUAUUGAAGCAAGGCUCCUCAUUUGCCCUAAAAUGUGCCUGUUUACUGCUGUUUUCUCAGUAUAUUCUAAGACCUUUUGUGCUAGUGUUUUAAAUUGUCAGCUCAGUCCCAGUUUACACUAAUUCCACAGAUACAUGAUGAAAGCUGACUCAUCAUCAGUGCCACAUACAGCCGAAAUAUUGUCUCAAAAGUAGCAUUUACAGGAGAAUUCCACCAAAUUUUCUAAAUCUCUAUAAUAGAUCAUUGCAAGUCAUUCAGAGUGGUUUGAUUCGAAAUAGCUCAUUGUAGACAAACUCAGAUUUCCUUACAGUGAUGGUGACAGGAACUAGGGGUCGUGAUGUCUGCAACACAAAUAAAGUCACUUUAUUUAUUAUCCAAAAUGAUCAGCGAACCUACACGCCUUUAAUUUUUAUAUAUAAUGGUAAACAAACAUCUUUGGGGACUAUUUUGCCUACCAAUAACCUACAUGUACCACCUCUGCCUUCAAUGGAUUCAUCACCCUUUUGUGAGGAAGCUUUUAAAGCAGGUGUCCAGCGCAGUUUGGUGAUUUCCUGUUCUAAUAUACCUACUGACCCUAACUGCUUUGUUAAAUCAGGUGUUUAAGGACGGACAUUACCAAACUGCGCAGAAAUUCAGCCCUCCAGGUUUGGCGUUCCCCACGAGGCAUUAAACAGUUGGGACGUCUGGUUCCCAUCACCACCACUGUGAACAAUUCUGAUUCAGGGAGUUUCUCUAGAAUGAAGCACCUCAGACCAAACCACUGUGAAUUACUGUUUACAUCUAAACAAUUUAACUAGAAACUUUGCAAAGUCAGUGGAAUUCACCUUUAUGCUAGAACAGACCAUAUUAAGUAAUAUGUGGAACAUAUAAAAUGUUAAAAUCAAAAAUAUGUAUAUUUGUAUAUAACAUAAUACAAACAUUCUUACAGUGCCAGUUUCCCAGACAUGGAUUACAGUUAAUUUUGUACUAAAUGUCAGUCUCACUGGAGAUUCAACACAAGAAAUUCCUUUUAGUCUAGACUUAAAUCUGGGUUUGGAAACCCAGCCCAUAUGAUUUAUAAUAAUUGCACUGGACCAAAGCAAAACCAAGCCACAGAACUGGAGAUGAAGACUAUUAACUACAAAAUAGUGGCCUAACACCUUCCUCAAACUAAAGAAAUACACGUCCAAUAUCCAAAACAGCCUUUUUCAACUUCUGGUCAGCAUAUAAAGAUGGAGAACUUGUGUAAAGGAGGAAACAGACCAUGACCAGCCAUACCCCACUGUGACCAAGCACGGACACAGUUUACUAAGCAAGGAUCUCCAUCGGACAGGAAACUUCGGGAGGAGAAGCCACCAGAGGCUCUACCUCAUCUAGAGCACUAUGAUCAGUGAUGCAUCAAGUGCAGCGGAGUUCUGUGGGGACAGCGCUUCAGUCUUGUCGCUGGAUUCCAGUGUGUUCUUCAGCGAACCCCCUCCACCAGCUGACAACCCACUGGACUUCUUCAUCAUUAAUGUCGGAGGGAGCCGCUAUAUUCUCUCCCAGGAGCUGCUGGCCUCCCACCCAGAGACGCGACUGGGCAAGCUGGCCCUGUCCACCCGGGAUUCAGCCUUAGACCUGUGUGAUGAUGCAGACUUUCUGGAAAAUGAGUUCUUCUUUGACCGCAACUCACAGACCUUCCAGUACAUCAUGAACUUCUACAAGACGGGCCAUCUGCACGUCAGAGAGGAGCUGUGCGUGGUCUCCUUCCUGCAAGAAAUCGAAUACUGGGGCAUCGACGAGCUCCGCAUAGACAAUUGCUGCAGAGACAAGUACUACCGCAGGAAGGAGAUGAAGGAAUCUCUAGAUAUCCGUAGGGAUGCAGAAAUGAUGGACAGUGAUGAUGAGGACUUUGCCGGAGUGUUAUGUCAGGACUUCCGGCAGCGUCUCUGGGACCUCAUGGAGAAGCCGGAUUCCUCGAAAGCAGCAAAGACGUUUGGGACCUUGUCAAUGUUCUUUGUGGUGGUGUCCAUCGUUAACAUGGCCCUGAUCUCUUUGGACUUCACUGUCCUCGGUGCGCCCAUCUUGGACGUCCUCGAGUAUAUCUGCAUUGUGUGGUUCACAGGAGAGCUGGUGCUCAGGUUCAUGUGUGUGAAGGACAAAUGCAAGUUUAGCAGGAGUGUAGUGAACAUCAUUGAUCUGCUGGCCAUCCUGCCCUUCUAUGUCACCCUCGCGGUGGAGAGUCUGCACGGAGGAUCCACAGAGUUGGAGAAUGUGGGACGGGUGGUGCAGGUCCUGCGACUGAUGAGGUCUCUCAGGAUGCUGAAACUCGGACGACAUUCCACAGGUCUGAAGUCGUUGGGCAUGACCAUUGCUCAGUGCUAUGAGGAAGUGGGCCUGCUGAUGCUUUUCCUUUCUGUGGGCAUCUCCAUUUUCGCCACAGUGGAAUACGCCAUCGAGCACGACAUGCCCGAGACCACCUUCACCAAUGUGCCCUGCGCAUGGUGGUGGGCCACCACCUCCAUGACCACCGUAGGCUAUGGGGACAUCCGUCCGGACACGGCUGUGGGCAAGGUCAUGGCCUUCAUCUGCAUCCUCUCAGGCAUCCUCAUCCUCGCUCUCCCCAUCGCCAUCAUCAACGACCGCUUCUCAGCCUGCUACUUCACUCUGAAGAUGAAGGAGGCGGCGCUGCGUCAUGGCGAGGCACUGAAGCGUCUGACCCGCAGCUCGGCCUCCGAUGUGACGGCGGCUGGGGUGAAUUUGCGGGACGCCUACGCAAGGAGCGUGCUGGAGAUGCUGCGGCUGCAGGGUCGAGAAAGAGCCAGCACGCGCAGCAGCGCAGGCGACGACAUCUGGUGGUAGUGGGAAACUCCUCAGAGAAAGAUUAUUGAGGGGAAAAGUGUGAAAUGCAAACAUAUCGUUAAACUAAGCCCUGUUCACAUAUGGCAUUAAGAUGUGUGUUGGGUGAUCUGAUCAUUAGUGGACAGCGUCAAGUACAGGUGUGAACGGGAUGAAUCAAUGUGUCUUGGAGACACAAGCUCUGUUCAAAAUAGCCAAAUACCUACUGCUUGUGUACUGACGGUGCCCAGAAGUAGUAAGUAGUAUACAUCAAUGUGAGUUUCUCCAGUACGCCAAAGAUUCCUGGAUGACAUACUGCUCUGGCCAAAUAUUACAGUAUGCAGACUAGGCCUGUCACAAUCAUUACUUAAUCGCCUAACCGCAGUUAUUUCAGUUAAUUAAAAUUAUUUUAGCUGACCCCAAUUAUUUUCACAUUGUCUUUCACAAUUAUAUGCAAUAAUGUACAUAAAUGUAAUAAAGUGCAUUUUCAUCUGUUGGGUUCUGAAAAAUACCUUUUAAUAAAAGAAAACAGAUAAUGCAUUUAUUGAAUCACAUCACAGGCCUUAUGAAAACAAAAAAGUUGGUACUAUGCUAUGUUUAGUCACACCAGUGAAAAAUGUUUGUUUAUUCCAGCUUGAGCUCUAUCUAUCUGUCAGUUUGGAGCUACUAAGUACCUAUAGCCAGAAGACAAGAUAGCUAAUCAGCCAAAUUGGCCACUAUACAGUGAACAAAGAAAGAGAAUUAUAUUGUUAAUCACAGUUAUUUAUAUGAUUAUUAAUCGCCAGCUAAAAUUUCAUGAUCAUGACAGGCCUAAUGCCGACAAAGCUAUCUUCAUGAUCUACUGCAUCCCAAAAUGCAUGUCAUUUUUAGAAAUAUUUGCCUAGUUACCCCCAAAUAUUUUAAUCCCUUAAAAUCCAAGGCUUAUUAUAUACUAAGGCUUAUUAUUCAGUAACUACAGGGGCUUCAGUGGAAACUGUCUGAGUUAUUUUGAAGUUAUAGAAGUGUGUAAUAAACCUUUUGGCCCUGGCCAUUUAAGGGGUUAAUAGCCCUGAAUUCAGCCUAGUAUAGAUUCAUAAAUAAGAGCAAAAUAAAAGAAAAAAGGCUCCUGUCCAAAUGCUACUGCACUCUCAAAGUUUUCCCUGCUGGUCUUGAGGUGCGUUUGCUUACUUCGUCUUUUUAAUAAAGUUAGCUUAAUGCAUAAAUUUGCUUUAAACAGUAACUUACUGAAAUUGGUCUCAGCCAAACAACCCUCUCAACAUCAACUUUUCCAGCCUCAAAUGUGGAGUCAGACUGCUUUUUCAGUUUACUUGAGUCUAAUGAAAGUGAAAUAAAUCAACUUUUAGUAAACAUAGGAAAACAUAGGUGUUUUUGUAAAGCACACAGGUUUAACACACAGAUGAAUCCAAAGCUGACAUUUUUAAAAGUUUUUCUGUGGCUUUGGAGAUGAGUAGAAAGGUUCUUUCUUCGUCUUCUGUCCAGUUUAUGAGGUGCAUUAGCAGUCCAUGCAGUCUAAGCAUUAGAUUUGCUAACGUUUUGCGCUGUCUCUACUUUGGCAUUAAAAAGCAGUUAAAAACGCCCCGUAGUGACCAUAAUAAGAUCAAAGGGAUGGUCACUGCUCUGUUGCACUUUCGCUUCAUUCCAUAUGCAUUAGUAGGAGUUCCCCUCUUAAAGCACAGAAUAAUGGAAGGAGAUUGUUAGAAUUAAGUACGUGCUCUCAUUUACCAAGACUGAUAGUGAAGUGAUGUCUUGUCUUAUCUCGAUGAAGCUUGUCAUAUUUUGGUGCUAACACCGCUGAAAUUGUUUGAGCUCAGAGAGAAAAGAGAGAGUUUCAAAAACCUUUACUUAUUUUUGACAAAAAAAUAAAAACAAUUUGUAAAUACCUGCAAUGUCACAUUACUUUUUAAAGGAACUAAAAAACCUAAAACCAAAUAAUUUUAGAAAAAUUAUCUUUUUAACAGUAUUUAACAGUGCAAUGUACCAUGUAACAGUACUAUACUCAUGUAUCAGUCCUUAUUAAAUAAAUAUUUAAUAAAUAAAUCAGCAACCAGUGCAUGUACACAAACAAUUACAUGUUUGUCUGAGAACAAAUAAAGCAAGAGACUGGCAUGAUGUAGUAAAUCUGUGCAGUGCCCUUCCUGCUGUUACAAAAUACAAUCCCAAGUAGUCACUGGAGACUCGGUUGAGAUGCAUGGAAAUGCCAGGCAUUUUGAUGUCCACUUCUGUUUAGAUCACUCAAGACCGCUGUUAAUACCAGGUGUGAAUAGGGCCUUAUACUUACCUGUAUUUGAACAUAUUAGUACUGUGACUAUUCAGCUAUGUUCACAUUACUUAUUGCUCGGUUCAUUAAUUUUCCUCAGAUUCAGUCUUUCUGCUCUCGUUGACCCAUAUCUGUCUUUAGUGUGAACACACUCCUGCCCUGGAAGGAUGAUGACGGUGAUAAUGACAGUAAUUUACGCACAUGCAGUGAAGUUUUGAUUAUAUGGCCACCAGGGUUGCAGUGAUAACAAUACCAAUACUUUAACACAGUAUCGAUGUCUGUAAUAUGGAAUAAAGAAAGAUACCAUGAAGCAAUUUCUGAUGUACAUGUAUGCUACUGAACGAUGCAUGCAUGCGCGCCAGUAGAUGUAACUUAACAUCAUCAUCAGCGCAUCAUGAUGACGUACGCUGUUAGAAUCUCAUGGCAGCGAGAGCAGAGGUAGUUCAUGUGGGGGGAAAAAAACUCUGGCUCAUGGGAUGGAGCAAUGUUUUAGUGAUUUUGGAGCAAGAAAGAACACCAACGCACUCUGGGCGAAAUCACACUGCUCCACUCCCGCUCCACACCAGUCACGUCCUCUUUUGCUCACCACCCAACUUCACAAACUGAGAGACCGUUUGAUGAAGACAGAGCUCACUCCUCACUGGCUAAAAGGCCAAUAAACAUGCAGACACAAACUGUGUUGAAUACAGCACAUGAUCUAUUAGUGUCUGUGUUUGCGGUUGGUAUUUUCACAUGUAAAAAUCAAGUUUAUAUAUUUUUUAAAAAAUGUUACAUCUGAUAUGUUAAUAUCAUGAGAGCUACCAGUUAGGGAUGGGCGAUAUUACUAAUUUUCUUUUCCAAUCCUAUGCCAAGUUAUACUAAGGCUAAGAUCCCAAUACCAAUACAGAUACUUUCAAAAGGGGGAAAUUAUUUGUUACUGGUACCAAUAAAAAAUUCAAAAUGUAAAAUGAUAUUUGAUAUUAUGAUAGGAUAUUAAAUGAUAUUAAAACAUUUGGUAUUAAAUAAAAUGUGUUUUUAGGGAAAAAAUAUGUUUUUAGGGUUUUGGAGGGAGCGAACAUUAAAGAGACAAGGAAGCACUGGUCUUUAGGGGUAUAUGUAAAGCCUUUAGCCUUGGUUUUGCCUUUAGCAUAGCAGCCAUUAGCACUGUCUGCAGCGCGUCUCCAAUGUCAGCAGCGCGUCUCCAAUGUCAGCAGCUUGACCUUUUGGCCUGUUGCUUCAGUCGAUCCAAGAAAACCACUAAAAACAGCUGCUACUGACAACGUGAACAACUGUAAUAUUUACUGAACUCCAACGGAGACUGACGCACAGAAAUAUAAGCAUGAGUGAACGGAACACGUAAGACACAAGUGACUUUAGAAAUUUAGACAUGAAAAACAUUUAGCACCAUUUUUGCCAAGCCAGAGAAACUGCUGUGUGCUUACAUGUACACACCGCAGGUUUAUCUGUAUAUUGUUCAGUUCUGUUUUUAACUAUUUUUCACAAUCAAAUUUUUAUCAGAUUUUUUACUUCAGUUGUGAAAUAUGGUAGUUCUUAAUAAAUAUGGGUCAUCUUAUUAAUUAAUUAAUUAUAUUAAAUACUAAUUAUAUAGAGUAAAUAAACAAAAAUAGGUUUCUUAAGCAUCUUAAAUAGUUAUUUAUAUAAAUAUAUAAUCCAACAAGUACAUGCCAUUCAUAGAACAUUGCUAUUACCAAAAUAAAAUAUAAACCAAACAUACCAAAAUAAAAGCGGAAUUGUAUAAAUAUCAGGAUUUAUUGGCUAUAAGUUACAAAGUUAGUAUUGGGAUCAGUACUUGGUAUGAGCUUACACUUAGGAACCAGGUACCGGUGCAUCCCUAAUGGUCAAGUAUUAAAUCUUACUUGAUCCAUUUUUUGUGUUCACACAGCUCUGAAAACUUCAGAUUUAUGCCACUUGAACCCUGUAAUGUGAAUGUAGCCACAGUGCAUGCAAGUCUUUCUGUGUUUGUGUCAUAUAUUUACUGUCUUCUUUGAAUUUGCCCUCAUUUUUUGUCAUUCAGUUUUAAUUGUACUUCUGUAACAUUUCCAGUGUUUUUA